AUGCCAACGUUUGGGCGUCUAGGCAAGCACAGCAACCGGUCGCAGCACGGCCUCCCUGAGCAAUCGCCUGCUGCCUCCGCGGCCCAAGGUAGCGGUAGCGGUACCAGCGAUGCGGCUGUAGGCGGAGGUAGUGGUGGUGGUGGUGGCCUGGCUGACUCGGGUCUGGACACGCAAUCUGCCUUGUCGUCGACGGCGGGCAGCCCUCGCGACCCCAUUGACGGUCGCCAGCAACAGCAGUUGCAGCAGCAUAUUCAACAUCAGCAGAAACAGCAAGGAUUACCGAUUCUGCAAACCUCCGUAUCCAACAAGCUCCAAAAGCAGCAACCGCAGCAGCAACAGCAGCAGCAACAGUCGCAGUCGCAGGCGCCAGCUCCCCCGCCUCACCUCUACAGCGCCUCCUCCACCAGCUCGGCCACUAAUAACCCCUCGCCUCUGCAGCACCCUGGUGGUGAUUUCGUCUUUGAUGCUCGCCAACAACAGCAACAACAUCCCGAUUUUGUCGACCCGACCGUCCACCGAUCCCAGAGCCUCCGCUACCCAUCUCAGAGCUCUCUCCUCCAACAACACCAGCUGCCUCCGCAUCAGCAGCAGGUUUACGGCAUCGCCUCCACCUCCGUCGACGACCUGCCCAGCCCCGCAAGCUUCCAACAGCUGCAACAGCAGCAACCGCCGCCGCAGCCCGCACCAGAGAAGCACCGCACGAACCGAAAGCUGCACAUUAUCAAAGGUAUCUUUGGAUCUGUCCGUGGCACCUCUGACACUGCCAGCAGCAGCAGUCAAAACAACGCUCCAGCGCCCGCUCCCCAUCCCGCCAGCCAGCCCUACGACCCAAGCGGUGGCUUGUUAGGCCGCCGCUCGUCAAACAAAAGGGACUCUCGUAUCCCGCCCUCCUUCAACACCGUUCGUCCUGUUACCGGCGAAGAUCUCGAUAACUCCUCAUACGACGAACUCGUCUACCAGCCGCCCCCGCACCUGCAGCCUCACCAACAGCAGCAGAUUCUGCAGCAAGGCCCGGGCCAGACCAUUAUUCCCCAGGACCAGCAGCUGCAGUACGACAAUAACCAAGGUGUACUUGACACUCCGCCGCAGUCAUCGCAGCAGCACCAGCUACACCAGCAAAUCCUCUUUCAACAGACGGCAGACGGUCGACUGCCCGCCGGCUAUCCAGGUUCGCAGAACCCCGAGACCGCAUCUCAGCUCUCGCAUGAAUCUUCUGCCUACGAACAAGAUCUGCGGAAUCAGGCUUCUCAGGCCCUACAGCUUGGAUCUGCACAGCACCUGAACCAGCAACUACUGCCGUCGCAACAAUCGCAGCCGCAACAGCAGCAGCCCAGCAUGCCUCCCCAAGGCUCCUCCCGACGAAGCAACGAGGCCGAGCAUCCCAUUGCCGGCCAGGCCCCUGGCUACCGCCAUAGCAAUGCUGGCCUAACUGCCGCCAGUCCUCUGCCACCACAGGGACCAACUGCUGGCGGACAAUCCGCCUACCGUGGCGAUGGUCGUCAUUUCGAGUCGACCGAACCGGGUCGGGAGACCCCACAGCCAACCUCUGAAAAGGAAGUAGACAACCCACAGGAGUUUAAACAACUGCUUGCGAAAUAUAAAAAUGUCAAGCGCCUUUAUUUCGAUGGCAAGUCUCAGAUUGAACAACUUCAUGGGCAAGUCGAGCAGCUGCAAAAUGCAGUUGCCAACCAGCGCAUGUCACAGUCACGGACCGCCCUGGACGACAACGAAUAUGCUACACGGUUCAACCGUCUUAACGGAGCCAUCAAUAACCUGUCGUUUAACAUACGCAAAGAUUGGAGCAAGAUACCCCCUUGGCUAGUAAACUUUGUCAGCCCCGAUGCGCUUAAGACAGGCAAGCAGGAAAUGACUGCAGUUGGGCGAGCCGUCAUCUCGCACUGGAUCGUGACUGAGCUGUUCGACAAGUGUUUCCACCCGGAUCUUGAUCCGCAUCUGAGCGCUCAGCUUAAGGAUAUUGAGAUGGGCAUCCGCGGCAAUACUCAUAUUAUGCACCGACCGGAGGAGUUUGACGCUCAGACAACUAAGAUUGUCAACUGGCGCAUGGCCACCCUGGACGGACUCCAGAAGGCUUUCAACGCCCAAGCAUCGGAAAAUAGGGCCGCGCUCAUUCAAAAAGCCACGACUAACCUGGCGGCAUACCUUCAAGCGCAUCUGACGAACCCUCCCCCUCCUGGCAUCGAGGGCAGUACGUCGAUGAUUGUGGAGCUGGCCAUUGGUGUGUCGGCAAAUCUACCGCUGGAGAGUCGUGACGUUUCCAUCUGGUACCCGAUGCCAGGCGAUAUUUUGCAGCCGAACCUGAUGGAGGUGGAAACGGCGGCGCUGCCGUCGCUGGAGGAGUCUGAGAUGGCCCUUGAGUCGGACGAGUCGCAGGACAAGGGCGGCAAGGCGCUGAAGCCCAAGACAGGUGCCAUCCAGGAACCCAAGAGAGUUCGCUUUGCCGGAUUUGUGGCCUUGGAAGUAAAGGGCCGGCAGGUGCUGGUCAAGGCACCGGUGUGGACCUUUUAA